ACACCCUUUCAGCUACGACGCCAACCAAUAACAUGCUUUCUCUUCUGUGUAAACGGAAGUGAACAGUGACUUAGAACAAUUUCCACAAUAGUGUUUUAUUGUUGUUAUUUAGACGUUUAUUAACACCCUGUAACUUAAAAUAUGACGCAUUCAACUGCACAACUUCACAUACUUAACCCCAGGUAGUGUUUAAUUCACCUUGGAGACAGGACUUGGUUGAUAGAUGUUAUCUAGGUAACGCUAGCUAGCGAACAAUGGCUAACGUUAAAUGUAUGGUUUUUCACACUCAAAUAGCCUCCAUCAUAGAGGUGCUAGCAAAUGCAGCCGUGGAAGAUAUCUGCAAACUCGUAGACGACGAUUAUGCAGUGUUUCGUUUGGAAAUAACUCAAAGCCAGAAAGAAAACCGGGUAUUGCGGAGGAAACUACAGCUUCAGGAACUGAAGGUGUCACGGGAGCGCGUUCUCUCCAGUCGUCCCAGAAAUGUCAAGAUACUUGACCGAUACAGGGGAAUGGCAAAAGGUGAAGGACAUCUCAUUGGAGGCCACAGGAGCUUUGUGAAGCCAGCGGGACACAAUACAUGGAGAGAUGACCAACCAAUCACUGUUGAUGAGGGGAGUGGAACCUCAACCCAGCACGUUAUCAUGAUAGAGGAGGAGGAGGCUCCAGAGGUGCUGCUGGUGAAGGAGGAGGGGUAUGAGGAGGGUCUGGGGAACCCUGAGGGGACCAUGGUCAUGGAGGACAACCAGACUACACCUCCUCCUGAAUCCACAGAGGAACCAGCUGAGCAGCACAGGACCACACACAGUCUCACUGAGUCAAUAGACAUGGAGGAUGGGAAGCCUGAUCUGCUGCUAGUCAAAGAGGAGACAAUAGAAGACGGACCAGAGAGCAUUGAUCUGCUGAGUGGACUAAAGAUGGGGGAGCAAGGUGAUUGGAUGGAGGCUAAAAGAGGAGACCGUGCGGCCAUCUUCGAUUCCCAAACCCAGACUGGUGCAGCCAAGGGCCGAGGGGAUGACAUCACUGAGCAGGCCAGGACCAGAGGCGAGGUCAGUGGAUGGGACAGCGUCCUCAACUCUGGGCUGGGGAACAACACUGUUAACUACAACCAGAAACAGACAGUCGAACACAAAACACCAACUGAAUUUAGUCUCCAUGACAACAGACUGGCUGAGACCAGGGCGAGGUGUAGAUUUGGUCUGCGGGGACGGGGAGGCGUCCGUAUGCAGCGAAAGAGAACAGACACAGACUCGGCUAGCGAUGCUCCGUCCUGCUCCUAUAGUUGUGAUUCACAGAGACUGAUGGUGCCUCAGCUUAACCCUCUAACAGGUGCUGCCUUCAGCCUGCCUUAUAUAGGAUCUAUCAACUGGAACAUGGACCCUGUGACAACACAGACACUCCCUGGCCUUCAUCCGCCUCACACUCUCCUAAUGUUAAACCAGACCUCAGACAAUACCAGUGUCUCAACACUAAAUAGCUACACAAGCCCAUUGACAAGUAGUAGUAACGCUAUUAGUAGAUCCGGUGGCAAAGAGAAACGCUUCCCGUGUUCAUUCUGUGGGAAAGCCUUCAGUUUCCCCAAACACGUGGAGAUCCACCAGAGGAUGCACACGGGAGAGAAACCGUUCAGCUGUAGCCAGUGUCACAUGCGCUUUGCCCAGGCUGGCCACCUGAAGAGGCACCAGAGAGUCCACACAGGGGAGAAACCCUACAGCUGCCCCCAGUGUGAGAAGAGCUUCUCCCGCCAGCCCCAGCUGAAGAGGCACCUGAAGGUCCACACGGGAGAAAGGCCGUUCGCCUGUACGCACUGCGGGAAGAGGUUCUCAGAGAGGAGCUCUCUCAGGAUACACCAGCAGAAAAUGCACACAGCCCAUGUAUAGAGUAUAGUGACAUGUAAUGUAGUACUAGUUAGUUUGUAGUUCAUUCUGUUGGUUUAGGAUGUAGUAGGGAACUGGAUGAGGUGAACUGAGGAAAGAAUGAGUAUGAUGAGGCAGAGUACAUGAUAUGGGGAUGGUGUCUGUACAAAUGCUUCACUGAUGAAGAGUGACAAACUUUGCCCCUUUCAGGUUGAUGCUGGUGUUUUAUAAUAAGGAAAUGAUAGUGCCUUAAUUCAUGUUUACAUUAAAUAAAAUAGUAAUGUGUAAUUUUGAACCUUUUCCAAAAUUUAUUUUAUCAAAGUGAGGUUACCAGAUUUACAGAAGUUAUUCUACACUGAAUAAAAAUAAACGCAACAAGAUUUUACUGAAAGUUUAUAUAAGGAAAUCAGUUAAUAUAAAUAAAUGUGUUAGUCCCUAAUCUAAGGAUUUCACAUGACUAGGAAUCAGUGUUGUGUUCUAGACCACCUAAAGCGAGACCGGAGAACCGGAGAAAGACCGUAGAAUAUUGAGUCCGAAUCAAGACCAGAAAAAUUGGAGUCCAAUUCAACACCAUGAUUGUAAUUUUGUCAAAUCUCCACCAUUGUAAGAGUUCAAAAUAUCCAGUAUUUCUGUGUUCAUAUUUCAGAAGAACAUGUGGAUUCUUUAGACAUUCAGAAAAGGUGAAAAAAAAUGCCUGCUGAGGGAAAAUAGAGCCACUCUACAAAUUAUUACUAACCCAAACAAUGAGGACCUUCUACGCCUAAGGAUUUUUUAGAUUGAACCUUUGUUUAACUAGGCAAGGCAGUUAAGAACGUAUCCCUUAUUUACAAUUAUGGCCAAACCCGGAUGACACUGGGCCAAUUGUGCACCGCCCUAUAGGACUCCCAAUCACGGCCGGUUGUGAUACAGCCUGGAAUUGAACCAGGGUGUCUGCAGUGAUGCCUCAAGCACUGAGUUGCAGUGCCUAAGACUGCUGCGCCUCUCGGGAGCCCCCGAGUAUUUAUAACAUAUUUAUAAUGAUAAUAAUAAUUCUAAUUACAUUCUUUUCAAUGAUAUUGAUAUAAUCUAUUACAUUUUUGUUGGAAAGGAAACGGUUAACACUGAAGAGAAAAAAAUAUCCAAGCAGGAUUUUUCUUUGGUGGUCUCUGGGGAGAUAAAUCUAGCUAGCUCAGUAAGCCAUUGGCUAGGCCACCAGAAGCUAGACAGAAAGGAUCUGCUAUUCAACUACAUUUUGGCGUGACAGUGGAAUCAACCAAUCACAUUUUGAAUUGUAAUGGGUGGGACUGUUUUUACAAAAAAACGUAUGGAAACGUCUGCCUUCUCAAAGGCCAGCAGGUCACUGCAGAAUAGGGAGCAGUAGUUCUCACGGUCUAGCCAGCUAUCUUUUGUUGUAGGCUAGUUUGCAGUGGCUGCAGCAUUGUUAUUGAAGAUGUUGUUGCUAAUUUGUAAGCUUCUCACUUUUCAAGAAUAACUUUCAACAAGAAGUUAAGUUUCAAAUGAUCAUCAUCUGGUGAGUGGAACAGUUUUUUAUUGGAGCUCACUUGCUUUUCUUAGCCAUUUCUUUGAAAAUAACUUGUGUGUGAAACAUUGUUGCAUUUAAACUUUAGUUCAUCGGUUACUUUGUGUUAAAUUGUCACGUUCCUGACCGGUUUUCUGUUAUUUUGUAUGUGUUUGACGGUCAGGGCGUGAGUUUGGGUGGGUAGUCUAUGUUAUGUGUUUCUAUGUUGGUUUAAGGGUGACCUGAUAUGGCUCUCAAUUAGAGGCAGGUGGUUUUCAUUUCCUCUGAUUGAGAGCCAUAUUAAGGUAGGUGUUUUCACAUUGAUUGUUGUGGGUAGUUGUCUCCUGUGUCAGUGUCUGUGUAUGUUACGCCACACGGGACUGUUUCGGUUUUGUUUGUUCGUUCGUUUUAUGUAGUCAUUUUUCCUGUUCAUGCGUUCUUCGUGUUUCAUGUAAGUUCGUCGUCCAGGUCUGUCUACGUCGUUUAUUGUUUUGUAAUUAUUCAAGUGUUCGUCUUGUUUUCUGUUUUGUUUAUUAAAUAUCAUGUCUUAUCACAA